AUGCUGAUGAUAGUCACAAUUUCAGGCAGGCCAGGUGGGCCUUCAAGGUCAGCGCCUGAGAGGGGAGGAGAUGGAGGGAUAUCAAUCCUGCCUAUCAUCGGCGGGCUAGUGUUAGGCGCCGGCCUUCUAGCAUUCGCCUACUAUAUAUCGCAGCAAACACAAACACCCAAAGGCGAAACGAGGAAAAUUAGAAUUAUAUGCCCCCAAAUUCUCCCGCAUAGGCGAAAGUGGAUGACUGACGAAGAAGCUGAAUAUAGGAAAUUACAAGAAGAGAAGCUUAAGAAGUUGAGGGAAAAGAGGAAAAUUAAAAUGUGCCCCAAAAUUCUUCCACAUAGGCGAAAGUGGCUGACUGACGAAGAAGAAUGUGAAUAUAAGAAAUUAGAAGAAGAGAAGUUUAGGGAGAAGUUGAAGGAAAAGAUGGAGGCACUGGCCGACCCACUAGAAACUGGUGGACAAACGUGUGUUAACAACCCGGAUAUAAAGAAGUAUCUUCCAAUAAUUGCCGGAGUGACAGUGGGCCUGGGCGUGCUGUCGCUACUCUCCAUUGGAAGCAAACCCUCCCCCUCUAACCUCUCCGCCAUGCCAAUGUCUAGUGCUCCCAUCCCUUAUGGGAGCGGUCUCACACCCAGAGCUGUAACCAUCGAAGAAUCAGAAAUAGACGAAUGCGAAGAGUGCCUCAAAAUUGACCCCAGAAAGAGACGGUGGCCCACCUUCGAAGAAGAACAAGAAGAGUAUAAGAGAAUAAGAGAAAGAGACGAACAGAAACGAAAACUUGAAUUAUUAGUACAAGAAUGCAUUUCCAAAUAUGAAAACUCUCUCGAAUGUGAUAACACAGAAUUUGAUGAAAAUGCCAGUGGUCCUUGGGAAAAAUGA